UAGCUCGAGUGUUAGCACAGCCACUACGGUCAGAAUAGUUCUUUUUUACAAUCAGUAUUACUCGUUCGAAUCAAAGAGGAUGGGACGAAUUAUUGGCCUUAGGAGAUUUCUGAAGAUCAUUUCAGUGAGUUGGUUACUGGAUAUACAGCGUUGCCACGUAUGCAAUUAGUUACCUCUUUGGGUAUCUUACCGGCGUUGUAAAAACUUGAUGAAAAGGGUUUAACGUUAUUCUAAUGAUGUAUUCAUGAUUGUACUUGUUCUAUACUUUUAUCCCAUUAUGUGGUAUCGCUUUGGUAGAUGAGACUCCUAAUUUUUAGAGAAACUGAACAUUUACAUCGCACAGUCUAUCUGUGAAAUUCUCUAUUGCCAACGCAAUCGAUUAGGGAGAACAAUUAGCUGCGCAGAAUCAAUUUCCCACGGCCGACCCACUCGCUGCCAUGUUUCGUCACAAUCGUGAUUAAGGCGGGUAAACUAGGUAUUUUCGGUUUACCUUCUAAAUCGUUCGCAAUUACAAACGUAAAUUUAAAGCUUGAACCGUACAGAACGACGUUUCUGGAGAAUCCUAAGCAGACGUUAUCUGGUUCAAGAAUUAUUCUAAAAUGACUGGGUGUUGUGUGCCUGAAUGUCAUAAUUCGACUAGAAAAAAUUAUUUCAUGAAAGUUCUACCUCGUGAUCCCAUACGACGAACGAAUUGGGUGAAAAAUAUUGGACUCGUUAAUUUGAUGCGAAAAGAGCGCACGUACUUGUGUGAACCAUCUGAUGAUGUACAAAUCUGCAAACAUGAGAACAAUUCCGAAGGCAACAAGUCAGUGUUAAAUACUGUAAACUGGACUAUGUCACUCAUAAUUGAAGUGCAUAGAAACGAUCUGGUAAAUCGUCAAGAUGAAGUAGAAAUCAUAUCAGAAAGUGAUAAAGAUAUUGAGCAACAAAACUUAAUUGAUAAUGAAGCAUUGAAAUUUGAAGAAUAUGGUGAGUCAUUGAAUAAGAGUCAAAGAAAAGAAAAAUUACCACAGACCAAUAAAGUCAUUAUAAAUACAGAUCCUAAGGAAGAGUUGUCUCGAUUGAAGCAACUGGUAUUUAAAAAAACGCACAUGGUUAAUAUUUACAAGAAAAAACUGAAAAGCACUAGGCGUGAUCUUGGAUAUGUUGAUAAUGCACCAAAUGAUAGGUACAAAGCUGCAGUGCAAAGUAUAUUUAACAGUGAUCAAAUCUAAUAUUUAGUAACAACUCAAACAAAAAACACGCAAAUUAAAUGUUGGUCAAAUGUCACGAUUAAGAAUGCCUUAUAAUUAAAAUUCGCUUGUGGAACGAGCGGAUAUCAAGAACUUUUACGACGAGAGUUUCCACUCCCAUCUUUCUGAAACCUGAGAGAAAGGAUGGAAGGCUUCAUUCCCUGACGGAAUAUCAGACCAAAUAUUAGAGAUUUUACAAAGCAGAUUCAGAGAAUUCAGAGUUGAGGUGGACAACCAACGCGACCAAUUAGAUGAAUUGAACAAUAAUGAAUAAAGACGAAUGAUUUGAUUUGUCUACACCAAUAUUCUAAACAUCGUUCUUUUACAUUAUAAGAAAAUAAGUCUGAGAAAUUAUUUUUGUUUAUUUCAAUUGCCUUAAAGAAUAAAUAAAAAAGUAUAUAAUCGUGACACGUUUCUUUAGAUUACCGCAACGUACAGUUUCUUAUUGGAAUAAAACAUGCUUAAUUCGGCAACCUAAAGAAACGGGAUCCAUAAUUCUGUUAAUUGUUCCGUUUCCAUUCUUUUUCAGUUGUUGGCUUAUGUACAGUAAUUUAUGCUAGAAUACAACGCUUAUCCUUUGCGACUUUUCUGCUUUCUUUCGUAAGUACCUCUGGAGUACAGGUAUAAAAAAUAGCAUGAGGCCACUAAUCGCAAUCAUCGAC